UCCCGCCUCUCUCUCGUCCCUCUCUCCGCCCCCUCGCCUUCCUGAGUCCGGCCCGGGGUGCUCACGCACGGAGAGCGGGCUUCAGGCACUGGACAUGGCGGCGGCGGCGGCCACUGCGGCGACCAAGGGGAAUGGGGGAGGCGGCGGUCGGACCGGGGCCGGCGAAGCCAGCGGCCCUCGGAAGAAGAAGGGCCCAGGGCCUCUGGCCACGGCGUACUUGGUCAUCUACAAUGUGGUGAUGACGGCGGGGUGGCUGGUUAUAGCGGUUGGUCUGGUCCGAGCGUACCUGGCUAAGGGGAGCUACCACAGCCUUUAUUACUCCAUUGAAAAGCCUUUGAAAUUCUUCCAAACUGGAGCCUUAUUGGAGAUUUUACAUUGUGCUAUAGGAAUUGUCCCAUCUUCUGUUGUCCUGACCUCUUUCCAGGUGAUGUCAAGAGUUUUUCUCAUAUGGGCGGUAACACACAGCGUCAAAGAGGUGCAGAGUGAAGACAGUGUCCUCCUGUUUGUCAUUGCCUGGACAAUCACAGAAAUUAUCCGCUACUCUUUUUAUACCUUCAGUCUAUUGAACCAUCUGCCUUACCUCAUCAAGUGGGCCAGGUACACACUUUUCAUUGUGCUGUACCCAAUGGGGGUGUCAGGAGAGCUGCUCACCAUCUACGCGGCGCUGCCCUUCGUCAGGCAGGCUGGCCUCUACUCCAUCAGCUUACCUAACAAGUACAACUUCUCCUUUGACUACUAUGCAUUCCUGAUUCUGAUCAUGAUCUCCUACAUUCCAAUUUUCCCCCAGUUGUACUUCCACAUGAUACACCAGAGAAGAAAGGUCCUCUCUCAUCCUGAAGAGCACAAGAAAUUUGAAUAGUUCCUGCCGUCUGCAACUCCCCCUUCCCUCCCAAAAACACAACUUCAAUGAUCAAAAAAUGCUGCAGACUUUUUGAGUUCCCAAUACGUUUCAUAGAAAAUAAGUAAGAACUAUUUUUAAAAUAUUAGAAACAAGAGUCCAGUGUCACAGGGGACUGGGAUUUUAUAAGAAAAACAAAAACAAAAACAAAAAUAUGUAGAAGGCUGUUAGGUAAAACAUUCUGAACGGUCCAUCUCGGCAUGCUGCUUCCCCCAGAAGCCCCCAGGCUUUAUGGCAGCAGGAGAAAGGGAUCUGGCGUGUACAGCCUCCCGUGUCCUUCCUGGAGCUGAGAAGUAAGGGCCGGUGACCUAAGUGCUUGAGAGUUCCCGUCUGAGUCCUGACGCCCCAAGCUUGCAGCACGGCCGCGUUUCAGUCUGCAGCGUGUUCAGCGUUCCUUUUGCAAAGUGCUUGACUGCAUGCUGGAAACUAUUUGUAUUUUUGAAGCAGCAAACUCUGUUCUCUGGAAUGCUCUGAAGUCUUGGCUGGGACCCCUCCUCCCUCCCCUCCCCCUCCCCCUGCGAAUGAAUUCUAAAACGCCCCUGCCUGUGAAGUUUUGGGGGAGUGCCCAUAGUCAGAAAACAACUUGAACCCUGUUGUUUGUUUUCAGUUGAGUCCUUACUGCCUGCCACUGAGAAAUGUGCUUGAAUUUAGUAAGUACGUGGGCAUCCUAAGGAGCCUGCCUUUCUGGAGCUCAGCCUCAACCAUCUUGUAACACAAGGACAGUCCUCAGAAAGGGAAGCUCCCCAGUCAGUGUCAAGUACCCUCCCAGGUCCCCUCCCAGAACACCUCUGAGUGAUGUCUGCCAGUCAGCACAUCUCAUGUAUGGGCCUGAAGCCAAUCUAGUCACACUCGAGUAGGGAACACACACGAGUGUGAAAACACACAGAAGGUGUUGCUUUAGCAGUGGUGUCUGGGGCGGGCACUGUAGCGCAGCAGGUGAGACCAGACUGCCCUACGUCCAGUCCAGCUUCUGCUAAUGCAUUCUGGGAGGCAGCAAGUAGUAGUUCAAGUGUGGAGGCUCCUGCCGCCCAUGUGAGAGAGCUGGAUGGAGCUGUGGCUCCUGGCUCCGACCUGGCCCAGCCCUCACUAUGGUGGGUGUUUGGGGAGUGAACCAACAGAUGGAAGUUUCUCUCUCUCUCUCUCUCUCUCUCUCUGCCUUUCAAGUAGGUAAAAAAAAAUUAAUGUAACUAAACAUUUUUCUUUAGUGAUGCCUGGAGGACUAUUCAGGAAUGGGUUUACACACCACAGUUUUCAGUUUUCUCUCACUCUUCUGUUUGGAUACUUUUUCUAAUUAUGAUCCUGUGUUCAUUCUCACCAAGUUUUAAACUCCGAGACAGUGAAAUGUUUCAGGCGGGCAGCCAUGCGCUAGAAGCAGUGUCACCCCCGCACGCUGGAACAGCCACCAGAGAGAAGUUGUGUGGACGCAGACAGGAGCGUCUGCAGACCAGUCCGCUGCCCAGCCACGUGGCCAGAGCCCCUCCGAGAGCUGGAUGAAAACGUGAAGCCAAGCGCAGACACACAGAUUUUAACACAGGAUCUUUUCAUGGAGCUGAGCCCCACCCCACCCCCAGCCUCUUUUUUGCUUCUGGGGCGGGGGGGGGGGGGGAUCUUUAAGACUUUAAAAUUCUAGCUUACUGAGUAGCUGUCAUUUAAAGUGUAAUUGUUCAUAUCAAAAGAAUGUCAUAAUGGAAAACUAAAUUUUUAAAUGCUUAUUUUCAUAGAAGCUUGAAAAAUUAAUGCAGGCAGGAGUGUAAUAAAUUAUUUUUGAAUUGAACAUUAAAGUUCUUGGGAAAGUCAGCACUCCUAAGUUAGGUGUGUUGAGAUUAGAAUCUAUUCUUGUAUUUGGUAGAUAAAAUAUGUAAGAAAAGUUAUUUUUCAUGCUUUUUCUUUCCUUUUUAUUCUUCCAAAGUGUAUUUCUACUGUAAGAUAGAAUCAACUUGGGUUAUAGCAGCCGUAUUACUUUAUUUGGUUAAGAUCUUUUGUCAGUUAUUUCUGGAAUAGUUCUAGAAGAUGAGAUGGGGUGGGGAAGAGUAGGUUUUCCAGGAUUGCAGGACUUGGGGGGUUGUAUUCGGGCCUCUGUGUUAUAAUUUGUCACUGUGUAUGAAAAACAUUGUGUUGCAAACAGAGGCGUUGCAUCAAAUUGAACUUUGGCAAUGAGCACAGCAAACAACUUCCUUCUCCAAAAGGUUCGCAGCCCGAGUGUGUAUUUCUGUGCAUCCACAGUUACCAUUCCUGUGGGAGACCCUGGGACGCGGCGUGGCGACCUCGGCCACCUCUCCCUGGCCGCGCGUCCCCUCUCUCUAAUUCCUUUCUCCAGCUCUGGUGGUGGUCUUUGAGAAUGCAGGACCCCACCCAAUGGCACAGCUCCUAGGCGUGAGCCAGGAGCCCGUGAGCCCAAGCAGUGCUUGCUGGGCACUAGGUCAGCCUUAGCAGUUUGUGUGAGGGCACGGUCAAAGGCAGCCUCUUCCCAGCUCCCCACCUGAGUGCCGUCCCACAUGCCUGCUGCGGACAAAGGAUUCCCAGAGGCGCCUGCCGGGGAAAGCUGCUGGCCUACAUCAUGCCGGGUGCCCUGUGCGGAGGCCCGGGCGCUAGCCUCCCCUGUACCAGCACCAGCCCUUAUCAAAGGCCCCGGCCUCCCGCACUGGGAGGUGCCCCUGACACGAGGUUGGGACGGCCCUCAUUUUCUCUCUCACUUGUUGUUUUGAUUACUCAUUUGUAAUAAAAGAUUGGCACUGAUGGGGUGCAACCUGCAAAUUAUUUUCAAUUCUGAGUUGCAGAUAAAGCAUUAUAAAACAUCAAAAGUCAAUGCUCCUUUGAAAUUUGGGUAAAAAAUUAUACAACCGUCUAUAUAAUCAUUUUUGUAUUUUUUCUAUGUUGUCAAAACCAAAAUUGUAAUUUUAUAAGUCUUUGAUUCACUAAAAUUAUAUAAUUUAAAUGUAUUUUUUGUAUAUUUAGAAAUAAGGAGUUCAAAGACUAUGCUUAACUUUCUACGCAUGCAUUUGAAAGCUGUUUUUACCUGAUAAUGUUCAUGUAGUCAUAAGAUGUAUUCAUAAAAUACUGAUCUGUGUCGCAUUUCAAAAUAAACCGCUGUGCGCUCUGCCUGGAUCUGAAA